UAAAGAUUAUUUCAAGGGGCACUUAACAUUUAUGGAAUGAAAAAUAUGAAUAAAUGUUCACUGAAAUCACUGGUCUUUUUUGUUUCAGGUAACAGAGUUGCAAACAGGGCUGCUCUGACAGAUAUGGCGACUGGUAUGGUUUCCUUGGCAACUGUGGGUGUAAUAUCUGUGAUACUUGGAAUAUUCUCACAGAAUGGUCGACUGGUAAAAAUUUGGUCCUAUCUGUGGCCCCUUCAAAAGCCGGAGCCCAGUGUACUAGACUCAUUUGACAUCAGAAAUAGUUCUUACCAAUUUAAUUAUGAUCAUGCUCAUAGUGUAAGGCAAGAAAAUAUGCAUAAGUAUGACUUCAAAUAUAUUCCCCGUGGAGUUGACAGAAGAAGCAAUCUCAGCCUUCAGGAGUUUAUUGAAGUUUAUGACAGCAAAUGGCCCGUGUUGAUCACUGAUGUAGUUCCCACGUGGAAAGCUUCCAACUGGACUCCAGAAUUUUUCCUACAGCAUUACAAAGACGACAGAGUGACUAUGAAGGCAGUUCAUGGAAAAAUGGAUUCUGGUAAAGGGCUUGCUCUACCUCUGUUUCUGUUUCUCCAAAACAUUCACAAAUCUGAUGAAAUGAUGUGGACGUACUUAGAGGAUGAAUUGUUCUUGCAUACUCGACCAGAGCUGAGGAAAGAUAUUGGUGAUUGUAAAUAUUUGAAUGAGGAUUUCUUUUCUCUGUUCCCUCCGUCAGUGAUUCCCUGGAAUGCUAUGAUGCUCUGGGGGACUGCUCACUCUCGCUCAAGCCUCCACAUUGACCCAUACAACUGGACGGGAACUAACGCUGUGUUGAGCGGGACCAAAAAAUGGAAGUUAUUUCCACCUGGGCAGGACCAUCUUCUGUAUGUAGUUCAUGAUCGUCGUUGUGGUUUUCCCCUCGAUUGUUUCAAAUACAAUAGUGAAGUGGACACAUUUGCUGUAGAUGAGGAGAGGUACCCUUUGUUUAAGCAGGCACGAUACAUUGAGUUUGAACAGAAGGCAGGGGAGCUAUUGAUCAUCCCCACAGGGUGGUUUCACCAGGCUUAUAAUUCUGAGGUGACCCUAGCUGUUUCCAGCCAGGUCAUGAACUCCCAAAACUACUUGGUUGUUCUGGAGGAAAUCAUCAAGGCUGGCAACAUUAAGCGCAGUAGUCUCCCCUUACAUUUUGCCACGCUGUCACCAAAAGGACAGGUUAAGACCGUAGCUUCACUGUUAUCACCCGAUAUUCUGGAGAAAGGGCAAAAACUAACGGAGAAGAUUUUGAAGGAGGUGCAGGGCAAUGUGGAAAGAUCAUAGGUCAGCUGAUGAUAUGAGGCCUUACACAUGAACUGACCAUUAUUUGGAUGUCAUCUUGUUCAGUAUUGUGUAGUGAUAUACUACGGCGCAGACAACAGUGUAUAUGGAGCAGACAACAGUAGAGUACAGAGCAGACAUCACUGGGAUACACAGCAGACAACAGUGGUAUACACAGCAGACAACAGUGGUAUACACAGCAGAUAAGUGGUAUACGCAGCAGACAACAGUAGAGUACAGAGCAGACAUCACUGGGAUACACAGCAGACAACAGUGGUAUACACAGCAGAUAAGUGGUAUACGCAGCAGACAACAAUAGAGUAUGGAGCAGACAGCAGUGGGAUACACAGCAG